AGGCCGGGACGGUGUGGUGGUGGCGCCAAUUGUGCCGACGGCGUUCGCCACCGGCGCUUUGAUCUGCGGGUGCGCGGGCCUGCUGUUCCUGCUCAGCGCGUGCGGAAAAUUUCUGCGCGGCCGCUACGGGCGGCGGUCGCUCCUCCCGCCGGACAACCUCGCGGAGAGCCUGGAUUUCGCGCGAAAGAAAUCCGGCAUUUUGUUGGAGGCGGACAGCACCCAGCUGACGCCAUCCUCGAGUCUCGCGACCCCGAGUGAUGAAAUCGGGAGCUUUGCGUCGACGACGGCGCGGGACACGACUUCCUUGAGCACCAGUCCGGUGUCUUCCUGCGACGAACAUAGUACCCAACAUUUAGUACGAGCGGCCACGACGGCGAAGCGCCAUCUUGGUGCCCGGUCGGUAGACGAAGAAACAGAUCGAUCGUACACGACCGAGUCCACGACAACCACGCCCGCGGUGUCUCCCGCCGAAGAAGCAGACGGAUAUAAUCAUCUCCCACAAACCGUUGUAGGAGGUUUGGCCAUUGUUCCGAUGGUGCAAGACGAAGAAGCUCCGUCCAACAUGCGAAGAACUGCGGGUCGUAGUACCACGAGUAAAAUAAAUACCCAGGAUGUGCCGGAACAAGGAGCCUGCGCUCGACGCCAGCCCCUGUUGCUGGUAGAAGAACCCGGUGGAGCAACAAACAGCGUCGAAACCGCGCCGGGCGAGCUUUCGCCGACCGAUCGCGAGCUCCUCGCGCUGGCGGCCUGUCCCGAGAUUCCGCCCCUGGUCUCGCACGGAAUCGGCCUGCUGACCGUUGCCUGCGUCGGGCUCUACCUCGCCAGCAACCUCUCGGUCGCGGUGUCGAUGGGGUUUUUGGCGGCCGGCGAUGUUCCCGACCCCGCGGGCGGACCGGGCACUGCUGCAACCCGUCGGGUGUCGGUGCUCGUGCCGGAUAUGUUCGCGUUCGCGCUGGCGAACAGCGUGACGGACAUGUGGAGUGCGAAGUGCUACCUGUUCGCGGUCGCAAUCCUGCUUUUCUCCGGGGUGUGGCCCUACGUGAAGUUGUUCGUCAUUUUGAAAUGCUGGUACGCGACGCCGAGGAAGGUGGUGGGUCCGGACGGAGCCGGUAGUGCCAGAGCACGAAGGGGUCACCAGCAGUUUCGCGAACUCUUUUCCCGGUUUUCCACGAAGCAGCGGGAACAGUGGCUGGAAAUCUUGGACGCGUCGUAUGAAAAUGAAAAAUCCCGCCUCCCCAUACCAAAACGGAAAUUUGUGAUGCUGAUUUGUGACCACAAAUCAGCUUUGUAUUGCAGAGAGGCACUGCGGCCAGAUCCCCAGGCUAGGUAGGGGCGUAUGGGUCUAGUAGUUCAGCAUGGCAAACGCCCCCCCUUUAGGCCCAGCAGCAUGACAAAUCGCUUCCAUAAUGGGGCGGAAGCAUCUGCCCUUGUCUUCUUGCAAGACAGGCGCGAUUUGUGACCUUAAAUCCGCAACGCAAAUUUUUGGAAACAUUACUUUUCAAUAUGGGGAGGGGGGAUUUUUCCUCUCAAUACGUCGGGCAAGGUGAGCCUCGUGGAUUCUUUCGUGUUGGUUGUGUUCGCUGCCACUUUCCGCUUCGUCUGGCCGCUGCGCAACCCGGAAACGGGCGCCGAACUCGGUUUGGGCAUCGACAUCCUGUACGAGCUGCCGUUCUUCUUUUUCAUUGCCGCCACCAUCCUGAUAUGCAUUGCAAAAGUAUCGUACUGGUAUAAAUUGCAUUGCAAAUUUUCGCAAGAACAAAUACAAAAAUGCAAUUUUUCAUGCUAUUUCAGGUAGAAAAAUGGAUUUGUCAUGCAUAUCUGCAAUUAGUACGAGAGCGAUACUUUUGCACAGGAUACCUGAGUCUGGUGUUGGGCCACGUGGUGCUGUUCGUGCACCGGUUCGUGCUCAACCAGCACGUGCGGCAGAACGGGCUGCAGCGCCGCACCCCCUUAUGGGAGAUGGCGGGCCACAACCGAGGGUACAAGAACCGCGUGGCGGCGGCGCUCGUUUGCCUGUUGGUAGUGCACGUCCACGGUUUUACGCUGCCCAUGGUGCGGUUCCACUUUGCCGGGGCCGCGAGUGUGUUGAACCAGUUGACGGGGCAGCCCAACACCGCUGCGUAUUCCCUGCUGGACCUCGCGCGGGGGCUGGAGAAGAGCAAAAACACAGGGUUCAUCCAGGUGGUGGUCUAUCUGUUUGGGUUCGGCUUUCCCGUGCUGUUCGUCGUGGGCCUGUUCCUGCUGUGGGUACUGCCCCUCCGCCCGAGCCAGCACUACUUCGGCUUCCUCUGCUGUCAGACGUUGCGGGCGUGGGCGGGCUUGGACGUUUUUGUGCUUUCCGUGGCGUUGCUAUCUCAAGGAAGAAAGAGGUGUGGCGUGGACUGGUCCAACGUUCUUGUUGCAGCCGCGGAGCACCAUGGUUGCAGAUAAAAAGUGUUUUAGUAUGUUCAUCUGCGUCAACAUGUUGGGCAAAAGAGUUUAUAAUAUAAUGCCGCAAAGUCAACUGCAUCUAGCGCUGGCAUUGCAAAACAACCUGUCCUCCACAUCAUUUUUUUUUUUUGUUUGAUUUCGUGCCGCCUCGCAGUGCGACCUGUUCGUGCGGUUCAUUGUGCAUUUCGGGAGUUUGGCGCCGGUGUGCCAGGCGCUGGAGAAAAACACGGGGUGGAACUGCUUCGAAGUGGUUGCGGAGGCGGAGUGGCUCAAUGUCACCUAUCUGCUCUUCUUCACGGUCGUGGCCACGCAGGCGCUCGGGGUCACCGUCUGCAAUGCAAUCUCGAAAAUUCGCAGCGAAGAAACCCGGUCCGUCGUGCUGCAGCACGUUGCGCCGCCCUUGGCAGACGUCACGGAAAGCCGCGGAGCGGAUACUGCUAGCUGAGUAUCUAUAAUGUCGUUGUCGUUGAUGAAAAACAAUUACACGACCUUGUGGGAAGAACGCACAAGAAGCAAGUCGUAGACACAGGUACAACUAGGAGGAGGACGGCAGUUCAACUGCCUUCCUGUGAAGAUCGUGUACUGCAAGCGGGGCUGUUGUACUAUCCCAACUAGCGCUGCAUUGCAGAUAAAGGUGAUAACUUCGUGCUGUUUGUAUAUGAAUAUCUUGCCGCGGCUGUCACACGGUAGAAGUUUUC